ACCAUUGUUCUUGGUUCAGCAUUUAUUUCUAAGGACGAUGGACUAUAAAAAGAAUCAGAUUAAUUUUUACUUCCAGGCCAAUAAUCUGAAGUUGUGAACACCCUAUUUUUUUAUUAUAUCAAGAAAAUACAGUGAGAACCAUCAGAGCUCGCAAACAUUCCAUCUUAUAAUAUACAGCUUCACUUUUCAAGGAAUUAAAAGGACCAGUCUUAAGGACAGUUAGAGGAUGUUUUUAUAAUAUUUUAUUAGACCAAAUAGAAACAUUUAUUCCCUAAACUAGUACUGGUUUUUAACUAAGCUUAUUUAGCUGGCAGUGAAGAUUUCAUGCUGUGGAUAUUUUUAAGGUUUAAAUUUAACAUCAGCCAUCACCUCUCCUCUAACUGCAAUAGUGUGAGUUACUGAGGAGGAUAAAAAUCAGCCGCAGUGCUCCUUUUUAAUAACUUCCCCCUGCUAUAGGGAAGGUGACGAUUCUCCGAACCUCAACUGUUGUGCACACAAAUUGGGCAUAAUUUGUAUAUUCCUAAGCAUGGCUAACAUUUAUGAGGAGCACAUCCUUACAAGAGUGGCUCAUUCAGCCCAGUCAUCAUCUUGUGUAUGGACUGGCUUCCUCCCAUUACCAUUUCUACACUGCCCAGCCUGUCACUUGGGGGGGAAAUGUCAUAUCAAAAUACAGAAUCAACUGCUGUUUUUUGUUUGUACAAAUGGCUUUUUUAGGAAAGCCCCAAACCUUCCUGGUGUAUCAGCUUUGAAGAAUAAUCAAGGCAAAUAUCAAAGAGAUGUAGCCUCCUUGUAGAUUGAGUACCACCUGGAUCGAUCUCUAGCUAUGCCCUUUAGACAGUCUGGCUGGGUGUUCACUGGUGUCCAUCACUGGUGGUCUUUUUGUGCCACUGAAGGUCUUGGCAGCCAUGUGGUUGCCGACCAUGUACUGGUAUUCCUUGGUAAACACACUUCGUAAUUUGUUGGUCUUCCAUCCUAAUAAGUCUGGACCAAAGAAAGCUAUCACAACCAAACUGGCGCUGAUGAUAGCGGCAGUUGCUGGGUUCAGUUACACGUAGUCUCAUAGCUGAUCUUGCAGAUUUGAAUCAGGUCCUUAGUUACUCGAGUGCAAAGAUCUAUGUAUAUAAUGUGAAAGAAGAGCUCUGCCCCUUAUUAUUCAUCCAGAACAAUUAUAGAAUCAUAGGACUAGAAGGGACCUUGAGAGGUCAUUUAGUCCAGCCUCCUGCACUCAUGGCAGGACUAAGUAUUACCUAGACCUGGGGUGGGCAAACUACAGCCCGCAGGCCGAAUCCAGCCCGUGAUCCUUUUAAGUCACACCGCGAGCUCCUGCUGGGGUGCCAUGUCAGGGGCUGCACCACGCGGCUCGGCCCCACUUCAGCCCGGGGUGCCAUGUUGGGGGCCUCACUACGCAGCUUGGCCCAACUCCGGCGCUGCACCACACCUAGGAGCCAGAGAAGGGACAUGCCGCUGCUUCGGGGAGCCACUAGAGGUAGGCACAACUUGGAGCCUGCACCUCUGAGCCUCUGCCCAUGCCCCUGCCCCAGUGCUGAUCCCCUCCCCCCUCCUGCUCGCCAAACCCCUCGAUCCCAGCACAGAGCAUUCUCCUGCACCCCAAACCUCUCUCCAGCCCGACCCCAGAGCCCACACCCCCAACCGGAACCUGCACCACUUCCCACACCUUUGCCCCAGCCCUGAUUUCCAGCCCCAGAGCACCCUGCUACACCCUAAACUCAUCCCCAGUCCCACUCCAGACCCCGCACCCCCAACCAGAGCCCUCACCCCCUCCUGCACUCCAACCCCAAUUUUGUGAGCAUUCAUGGCCCGCCAUACAAUUUCUAUUCCCCAAUGUGACCCUCAGGCCAAAUAGUUUGCCCACCCCCACCUAGACCGUCCCUGACAGAUGUUUGUCUAACCUGCUUUUAAACAUCUCCACUGAUGGAGAUACCACAACCUCCUUGGGCCAUUUAUUCCAGUGCUUAACCAUCCUAAUGGUUAAGUUUUUCCUAAUGUCCAACCGAAACUGCCCUUGCUGCAAUUUAAACCCAUUGCUUCUUGUCCUAUUCUCAGAAGUUAAGGAAAACAAUUUUUCUCCCUCCUUGUAACAGCCUUUUACGUACUUGAAAACUGUUAUCAUGUCCCCUCUCAGUCUUCUCUGAGGGAAGAUUGAAAAAACUGGGUUUGUUCAGUCUGAAGAUGAGAUCAUGUUUUCUAUGUUAUCUUUCAUUCUGAGAAACAGUGAAGUCUGUUUAGCUCACUGCCUGUUUUCCUAUCUAUAAAAUAGGGAGAACAUUUAAUUACCUUCCUCACAUGCAUGUUGUGAGGAUUAUUAAUGUCUAUGCAGUGAUCCAAGCAUAUAGAACCUAUAUGUAUGCUAAAUAUAAUUACAGACCCAGAUGUUUCUGUGCAAUUAAGAAAACAGACCAAAGAAAGGUAAUUAAAAAAUCUAUCCUCUUAUGAGAGUGAGGUGGACCAUGUCCCCAAGUGCCCCUUACACUUCCUGUAUCCUUCAUGUCCAACUGCAACAUUAGCAUCAGUCUAAAUGUGGGGUGCAGCUGUAUGGCACUGCUUCACCCAGCUGGGUGCAGAGCCACUUCAGGCUUUGCUAGUAGGGUUCUUCUGGAGAAAGGAAUGGACGGGGAUUAAUGUUGUCAAGAAUCGGUAUGCUAAUAGCAGAGGGGUAGCCGUGUUAGUCUGAAUCUGUAAAAAGCAACAGAGUCCCGUGGCACCUUUAAGACUAACAGAAGUAUUGGAGCAUAAGCUUUCGUGGGUGAAUGCCCAUUUUGUCAGACACAGUAUGCUCCAAUACUUCUGUUAGUCUUAAAGGUGCCACAGGCCCCUCUGUUGCUUUUUACAGUAUGCCAGUACUACUUUAGACCAGGGGUUCUCUCAACCAUUUUUUUUUUUUGGUAGCCUCAGACUGUGGCCACCAACUCUUGCUGGUGGCCGCUCUGAAAAUUUUUCCUAAAAUAUUUUAGGAAAAACAAACAAAUAUGCACAUAUGUAUUUCCAUAUCAUUGUAAUUUAUUUAUGUAGGAUUUUUUUUGCAGGCUCAAUAAUAAAAAUAAUGUAGACUUGUCUCUAUUCUUUACUGAACCUAAACAGAAUAGAAACACAAAUAAGGUGCUUUGUACGUUCUAAUUUUUUUCUUAUGUCUUUUGCUUUUUUGGUUGCCUUUUUUCCUUUCUCAGGCCUGGUCUACACUACGACUUUAAUUCGGAUUUAUCAGCUUUAAUUCGAAUUAACCCUGUAACCGUCCACACAACGACGCCAUUUAAUUCGAUGUAAAGGGCCCUUUAAAUCGAUUUCUGUACUCCACCCCAACGAGCAGAGUAGCGCCAAAAUCGAUUUUAGCAAUUCGAAUUAGGGUUAGUGUGGCCGCAAUUCGAUGGUAUUGGCCUCCGGGAGCUAUCCCACAGUGCAUCAUUGUGACCGCUCUGGACAGCAAUCCGAACUCGGAUGCACUGGCCAGGUAGACAGGAAAAGCCCCGCGAACAUUUGAACUUCAUUUCCUGUUUGCCCAGCGUGGAGAGCACAGGUGACCACAGAUACCUCAUCAGCACAGGUAACCAUGCAGGCUGAUAAUCGAAAAAGAGUACCAGCAUGGACCGUGAGGGAGGUACUGGAUCUGAUCGUUGUAUGGGGAGAGGAUUCAGUGCUUGCAGAACUUCGUUCUAAAAGACGAAAUGCAAAAACUUUUGAAAAAAUUUCCAAGGGCAUGAUGGAGAGAGGCCACAAUAGGGACUCUGAGCAGUGCCGCGUGAAGGUCAAGGAGCUCAGACAAGCCUAUCAAAAAACAAAGGAGGCAAACGGUCGCUCCGGGUCAGAGCCGCGGACAUGCCGCUACUACGCCGAGCUGCAUGCAAUUCUAGGGGGGGCUGCCACCACUACCCCACCUUUGUUCGUGGAUUCUGGGUCGGGGAUAGUCUCGACGCCUGAGGAUUCUGCCGAUGGGGUAGAGGAGGAGGAGGAGGAUGAGCUUGCAGAGAGCACACAGCACUCCAUUCUCCCCAACAGCCAGGAUCUUUUUAUCACCCUGACUGAAGUACCCUCCCAAGCCUCCCAAGACUCUGACCCCAUGGAAGGGACCUCAGCAGCUGCAAAUUCCUCAAGCCUCCCUCCUCCAUCCCAAAGGUUAUCACAGAUAAGGCGUCGUAAGAAGAAGACGCGGGAGGACAUGUUUUCUGAAAUUAUGCAAUCCAGCAGGAGUGACAGAGCUCAUCUGAAUGAGUGGAAGGAAACAGUUUCAAAGUAUAGGAAAGAAGUCAGUGAACGUGAGGAGAGGAGGGACCAACGUGAGGAGAGGAGGGACCAACGUGAGGAGAGGAGGGACCAACGUGAGGAGAGAUGGCGGCAGGAAGACCAGAGGAUGAAGGAUGCAACGCUGGGGCUGCUCCGGCGUCUGGUGGAGGUUCAGGAACGGCUGCUGGAAAACAGACUGCCGCUUCAGCCCCUGUUCCACCCUCCACCCUCCCCAUGUUCCGUAUCCUCCUCACCCAGAUGUGUAAGAACGCGGGGGGGGGGAGGCUCCGUACACCUUCCCAUUCCACCCCAGUAGACAGCCCAAGCAAAAGGCUGUCAUUUUUUUAACCUUUUCUUUGUGGCUUUUUCCUUCCCAGCAAUCCUCCUCCCA